AAACAACAUUUUAUACAUCUCAUCAUAAAAACGGUGGAAGCCAAACAGAAAGUUAUUAAUAUUAGCAGUCAUACAGGAGGAGCAAAACACUUACAGCACCUGACAGCUCUGUGUAUGAAAAUAUGUGCAUUUUCAUUUCAGUAGUUUCUACUCUAAAUCACAAAGUGAGCUCCUUUUUACAGACAAGCACAGCUGCUGUGAUUAUAAUCAGUGACGUAACCACAAAUAAAAGGAGACUACACAACUACCUGACCUUUAAUUACCUUUAAUAAUCAAUUAUAUUAAGAAGAAAAGCACUGUUUAUGCCGGUUCCCCUCUCCCAAACUUUAUUCUAUCUGACAAUGAGAUGUAUCUUUUGAAUUUCAUGUGGUAGAGUUAAAAUAAAAAACUUGUUUUGGAGGCCCUGUCUGUUUUACAUAUGUCAUCAGUUCCCAUUUUCACCAUGUGUUGCCUCAGUGGGGACCCACCUCUCAUCCUGACACUGCCGUGAUCAGUUGCACUGCAGCUACACACGACUACACACAACAGAUUGGUUGGCACAGCCGCCUGCGUGUGCACGUCCUGGUUCUGCAGUUUCUGUUUCAGCACCAGGUAGCCUCUGCUCGAAGGUAACAGUCGGGGUUGUUUGUGUCAAUCAAAGCCGGUGGAGAUGCGUAUUGGCUUGUCUCAGCCCGCGGGGCUCCAGGCUCCACCUCUCCAUCAGAGUCCUGCCUGUGCUGCGCUUGUUGCGGUGAGCGCGGAAGGGUUGUGCGCUCUCAGGUUACGCGUGUGAAGUUGUGGACCAGAGGAGAUCCGAGACGUCCAGCGACUUAAAGAGAAGGAGGGAAAUAGAUCGAGGCUCACUAUCGUUUCUCUCUUUGCGCUGGAAUACACUGAAGUCCUCGGACAGCGGCUGAGGAAAGGCACCAAAACGAGUUUGUGGCUUUUAAUUGAGACCAAGCAUACCCAACAGUAUGCGGUGCAGUUAUGGCAGGCAAGGGUAAGACAGUCGUGAGGACGCUGGAGGAUUUAACGCUUGAUUCUGGUUAUGGUGGAGCCGCGGACUCGGUCAGGUCGUCCAGCGUGUCGCUGUGCUGCUCCGACACGCAUCAAUCCUUCUCGCAUGGAGGCAACUGCUGGCAUCUGACGGAAUCAAUGCAUAGCAGACACAACAGUUUGGACACAGUCAACACCGUCCUGGCGGAGGACACGGAGAUACUGGAGUGCUCGGGUCAGUGCGCCAAACUGCCCGAGCUGGAGGACGCGCCAUGGAGCCUCGGCGAGGUGGAGGGCGCACUGAGGAAAGACGAGGAGCUGAUGGUGGGCAACCCGCCACCGGAGGUCCUGGCGCGGCUGUCGGCUCUCAUCAGCCGUGCGCUGGUGAGGGUGGCCCGGGAGGCGCAGCGGCUCAGCCUGCGCUACGCCAAGUGCACCAAGCAUGAGAUCCAGAGCGCCAUCAAGGUGGUGCUCUCAUGGACCAUCUCCGUCAACUGCAUCACGGCAGCUCUGAGCGCCCUGUCCCUCUACAACAUGAGCACCGGGGACAAGUUCAGCCGAGGCAAGUCGGCGCGCUGCGGGCUGGUCUUCUCCGUGGGGAAGUUCUUCAGGUGGAUGGUGGAUAGUCGGGUGGCCCUCAGGAUCCACGAACACGCCGCCAUAUACCUCACCGCCUGCAUGGAGAGCCUGUUCAGAGAGGUGUUCAGCCGCGUCCUGCGCAGCGCGCUGGUGGAGAGGGACAACGGGAUCCCCAAGUUUACGCUGGAGUCACUGGAGCAAGCCAUCAACAGCGACUCGGAGAUCUGGGGUCUGCUGCAGCCCUACCAGCACCUCAUAUGUGGCAAGAAUUCAAGCGGUGUGCUGAGCCUGCCGGAGAGUCUGAACCUGCACCGGGACCAGCAGCGCUCCGGGAGGGGCGGAGAGGGUCAUGGAUACACUCAGGCCGAGCUCCGCACGCUGGAACAGUCGCUGCUCGCGACCCGGGUUGGAAGCAUCGCAGAGCUGAGUGAUUUGGUGUCCAGGGCCAUGCACCACCUGCAGCCGCUGCACAUCAAAAACCCCAGCAACGGGACUCCGGUCCACCAGAAGACCAACGCCACCACCCCCACCCCCACCACCACGACCACCACGGUGCACUGGGAGCCCGAGGCCCUCUACACCCUGUGUUACUUCAUGCACUGCCCACAGAUGGAAUGGGAGAACCCAAACGUUGAGCCGUCCAAAGUCACCUUACAGACUGAGAGGCCGUUCCUGGUACUGCCUCCGCUGAUGGAGUGGAUCCGGGUGGCGGUCGCGCACACUGAGCAUCGACGAAGCUUCUCCGUGGACAGCGACGACGUGAGGCAGGCCGCCAGGCUGCUGCUCCCCGGCGUGGACUGCGAACCACGACAAAUAAAAGCGGAGGAUUGCUUCUGUGCCACCCGAAAGCUGGACGCAGCCUCCACGGAGGCCAAGUUCCUGCAGGAUCUGGGCUUCAGGAUGCUCAACUGCGGACGGACGGACCUGGUCAAGCAGGCCGUGAACCUGCUGGGGCCUGAUGGCAUCAACAGCAUGAGCGAGCAGGGGAUGACCCCGCUCAUGUACGCCUGUGUCCGCGGCGACGAGGCCAUGGUCCAGAUGCUGCUCGACGCCGGAGCCGACAUCAACAGCGAGGUGCCAAGCACAGUAAACAAGCACCCCUCAGUUUAUCCUGAAACGCGCCAGGGGACGCCACUCACUUUCGCCGUGUUACACGGACACGUCCCUGUCGUGCAGUUGUUGCUGGAUAAUAGAGCGAAUGUGGAGGGCGCCCUGCAGGAUGGGGCGGAGAACUACACAGAGACCCCGCUUCAGCUGGCCUCUGCUGCAGGUAACUUUGAGUUGGUGAGUUUGCUUUUGGAACGAGGGGCGGACCCCAUGAUCGGGACCAUGUGUCGAAACGGCAUCUCCUCCGCCCCGCUGGGAGACAUGAACUCAUACAGCCUGGCAGCAGCACAUGGCCACAGGAAUGUGUUUCGGAGGCUCCUGUCGCAGUCGGAGAAGGAGAAGGGGGAUGUGCUGUCCCUGGAGGAGAUCCUGGCCGAGGGUUCGGAUCCCGGGGAGAAGAGGUUGGCUCUGCAGGCUAACAGCGGAGGGACCCUGCGAACAGGAAAGGCCAAACUGAGAGCCCUGAGAGAGGCCAUGUACCAUAGCGCAGAGCACGGCCAUGUGGACAUCACCAUAGACAUCCGCAGCUUAGGCGUGCCCUGGACGCUGCACACCUGGCUCGAGUCCCUGCGCACCUGCUUCAUCCAGCACCGCCGGCCGCUGAUCCAGGGCCUGCUCAAAGACUUCAGCUGCAUCCAGGAGGAGGAGUACACCGAGGAGCUGAUCACGCACGGCCUGCCGCUCAUGUUCCAGAUCCUCCGCACCAGCAAGAAUGAGGUGAUAAGCCAGCAGCUGUCGGUUAUCUUCACCCAGUGCUACGGGCCCUUCCCCAUCCCUAAGCUGACAGAGAUCAAGAAGAAACAGACCUCGCGCUUAGACCCUCACUUCCUGAACAACAAGGAGAUGUCGGACGUUACUUUCCUGGUGGAGGGGAAACCAUUUUAUGCACAUAAAGUUUUGCUGUUUACAGCGUCACCCAGCUGUGAUGUCCCCCUGAGUUCUCCUCUGUCAUCCAGGUUCAAGUCGCUGCUACAAAACCGACCAGCAGCAGAAAACACCUGUAUUGAAAUCAGCCAUGUCAAGUACAAUAUAUUCCACCUGGUCAUGCAGUAUCUGUACUGUGGAGGCACCGAGUCGUUGCACAUACGCAACACUGAAGUUAUGGAGCUCCUGUCUGCAGCCAAAUUCUUCCAACUAGAGGCCCUUCAGAGACACUGUGAGAUCAUCUGCUCCAAGAACAUCACCACCGAAACCUGCGUGGACCUCUACAAACACGCCAAGUUCCUUGGCGCCACGGAGCUCACGGCUUUCAUCGAGGGCUAUUUCCUGAAGAACAUGGUGCUGCUGAUCGAACUCGACAGCUUCAAGCAGCUUCUGUACGAACCUCCCCCCGCCGAGAGCCCCGCGUCCAGCCCCGGCAUCUGCUCCGACAUCCUGCUCGACCUGGAGAAGACUCUGGCCACGCGCAUCCACUCCAUCCACCUCUCCACCUCCAAGGGCUCCGUGGUGUGACGCCGUCCUCCUCCGGAGCGCUCCGAUCCAGCCGCAGCAUCCAUGUAACACCAUCACCAGUGUCCCGCCAUUACAGCCCCCCCCCCACCUCCCUCCCACCUGGUCCCAGCCCCACUGCUGAAGAGGAGUUUUUAUGUCAGGGAUUCCCUUUAAUUCUGCCCGUUGCAGCCAACGGAGGGGUUCAUGUUGGCGUACGAGACGAAAGCGGAGAAACUUUUCCCGCUUCGUCGGAGGCUUGAACUCGUCGUCCUGAUGGCUCCCACUGAUCACAUCACACCCCAUACAGUUAAAAAAAAAAAAAACUGUCACACAAACAAUAAAGUGACCUGACCCAGCAGUAUCACUUAGACCUAACCAUGAUUAUAAAACUUUCUAUCGUAUUUCAUAUAGAAUACAUGCAUGAAAUACAUACUGUACACCUUUUUUGCUUAAAAGGUAGAGUAGAAUUUUAACUCAAUAAAAGCAGCUUUCUCAUCAUCUCUGAUAUGAGACUUCAGUUUACAAAUAACAUCACUGUAUGGAAGUGGAUGCCAUCGCAGUAGAAAGUUUCACACAUGCCAAAACAUAAAUAUAAUCCUACUAUACAACCAAUAAAAGUGACUCGUAGCAAUGCCAGCAGACAGAUUUUAGGCGGACUUGUUUGAACUUCUUUCCAUUUCAUUCUGUCACUUCUAUGUUGGAUUCGUUUCACUGUGUUAUAUAUCUACUGUGUGCAGAGGCCAAACUGAUCACAGGAACUUCCACCGUGGCCGACACCGCAGCGCUGAUUCAGACUCGAGGCGGCCCACUCAGUGAAAUCUAUGCUGACGUACGCUUGAAACACGGAUGUCCAACUGGGAAAUUAACUUGUGGUAACUCCACGAGCACUGUCGGGUUUAUUUCUUUUUAUUUUUUUUAUUUUUUAUUUUAUUUUUCUUUUGCAUGACACCUCCUCCACUGAGCUGCCCUGAUAUUGCUUUUUAUGCAGAGCUUACUUCACGAACCAAUUUCGCCAAAAAAAAGGGGAAGUGAGGGAAAACGCUGCUUAUUAACUUUGUAUCUACUGCAAAACAGACUGGACUGAGCCGGGUCUGGAGAUGGAUUUUGACAGGGAAUUUCUCUUAAAGAUAUUUAAAGCAAAGUGUAAAUACGUCCUGAAAGUCAUCGUGCUGGUCGUUCUUUUUAUUUUUCUUUUGUAAACUGAUGUACAGUAUUCUCCUACACUCGCUUGGCUGAAGACAACAGUCUCAUUGAAUGUGCUCCCUGAACAGUUCGUUCCUGCUGUAUGUCUCUGUUUAUGCAAAGUUGCAUGUUUAAUCUGUUUCGUACGACCCCUCCCUCUCGCCGUAGGUGUGCUGUCUGUGUAGAUGGGUAGGGCUGAGUAGGAUGUUGAUUGUUCCAGUUGAAGUCCAAUCGAAGGACGUUCCUUCACAUCGUUUCGCUGUUUCUGAUACAUUCCAAAUGAUCAGGGUAGAUCUCUGUCACCUUUUGUUUUUAAAUUUCACCUCAUCUGAAUUUAUCAGUAACAAGCAGCACUGGAUUUAUUAGAGACGCAACGUUAACAGACAAACGUGACCCAAAAAAUCUGCCUGUUUUAAAACUAAAUAAAUACAUAAAGUCGAAAACUGGGCAAAAAGAAAAAAUUGGAAAAGUUGGUGGAUAAAAAUCGAUUAAAGCUAAAAGUUCAUUGGAGAUCAUGAAAACAUUUCAUCAUGUUAUCCACAUUGUUUUUGGAGGAAUUAGCUCCACCAGCUGUUUAUCUUGAUGUUGCCCAACUCCCAACAUCUGCACAGGAGUAGUGGAUGAAACAGCUGGUUGAAUCGUCGGUGCAGAAGAGUCACAACUGUUUUUGAUUGAAGGAAAAGAGGGAGAAGUUAACUAAGGAGUAUUUCAGAAAUGAUGUUUUGUGUUGAACAGGGGGUUGAACUUAAAGAUUACAGUUUGGAAGAAACUGAGAAACACAAUCUGAAGCUUUAAAGAAUUUAAAUAAAGCCAAAACAAAGGCGGAACAAAAUCCCAAACACCUGAGCCAAAGACCCGUAGAGGAAAAAAUGAAAAUCUUUUCUUUUUUUUCAAAAUAAAAGAUGCAAAAUAAACAGAUUUUAUAUGUUUAAAAAAAAGUGAGUAGAGAGGCAGAUCAGACAAUAAAAAAGUCCAUGUUUCAUUUGUAUUCUAUUAAUUUUGACAUUGUGGUGUUUACAUCAGUUAUUGAUGAUGUAUUGGCUCAGGUGUUUUGAGAAUUUGAUUGGUUGUUCCAGCCUGUGGCUUUAGUGUAGAGACGUGUUGUGUUCGUAUUGUCCGUUUGACGCCUGAGAUGUUGCGUCUGUAAUGAACCCGGUGCUGAAAGUAUUCACACAUUUGACUUUUUGUUUCGUGUUAAUGACAUUUUUUCCUCCGCACCUGCCCGCCUGCUGUGCAUUUAGAUAACGCCUUGGUUUCCGGUUCCGGAAAAGGACCAAAUGCUAAAGCGGACUCCCUCUGGAGUUUAAAGUCGCUCGAUCUAAAUCGUUUAAUAAAAUCUGAAGAAUCCCCGUUUGACCCGACCAUGACCUUCUCGCUCAGACACAACACUUCUUGAUUUAGGAAGAAACCAUACGGUCUAUUUUAUGAAUGUAACAAUGCAACAAAAGUCGGAUAUUUACAAAAUGUGCAACGUCUCCAGUCCAGCAACAAAACCAAAAGAAGAUGCUUCCCUCUGUUUCUAACAGCUUACAAUGCAAACGUCUCGAAAGUGUCCUCAUAGUUUGUGGUGGUUGUUUCUACAUGAAUCUGACUGUACCUUCAGAGAACAGACAAAGCUUAUGACUUCAGAUAUUGUAGCACACUCAAAAUUACUUAAAUAUUUGUUUUGGGCCAAAAAAAAAUACAGUCUAAGAGAGAAGAGAAACAUAUAGGAAUAUACGAGCUGGUUUUAAGUUCUGUAAAUAGUUACAGAAAGUGAAAUAUAGAUAUUAUCCUACGACUUUAUUUUCUUACCUACAUACAUAGCACUAUAUAUUUUAUUUUACAUUCCACAGCUAUUUUGUUUUACAAAAGUGAAAAUGAUUAUAUAAAAAGAUGCUUUAAAGUUUUGAAAUCAAGCAAUAUUUCCAUCGGACUGUAUUAUUUUGACGAGUACAAUGAAUAAUAUGCCACAGGAUACGGAGCUAUAAUAUAAAUGUGAAUUGAAAGACACAUAACGGACAAACGAGUGACUGAAAAAAGCCUGAAUAUAUUCUUUUUCUUUGUAUUCUUGUGACAUCCCACCGUGUGUUUUAUUUUAAAUGUAUUUCACUCAUUUUAAAAGACUAUUUCUACCGUAUAGACUGCCAGUCUGUUGAUUUUACCCUGAUAGCUUUUCACUGAAGCUGUUACUUAGACUAAACUCUGGUUGAGAAACAUUCACUUUUACUGCAUAAACUGAAUCAUUACACACGCCCACACAUCUGAAACUUACUAUUUAAAUGUGAAAUGUAACUUAAAGAUGCAAACCGUUUUGUCUCCGCAGAGGUAAAAAGGUUCAUAAUGAUGUCAAGCACUUUUUGUGCUAGUGUUACUGUAGCCUCACACAAUCAGAAGCAUUAGUAUUUGAACUGUAAGCUUAGGUUUGAGUCUCGUUGUGACCAACAGCAGCUGAAUAUGGCUUUAACAUUACCAGAUGAGAGACUUGAAGCUUGUCUCUGUUUCUAUCAGUCUGAAUGUUAUGUCAUUAGCAAUAGACGAACUUUAGCUUGCCCCCACCACCACCACCACCCCACCCCGCCCCGCCCCACCUGUACUGGCGCUUUUGAUUCGAAACUGGGUCAAAGCCGUAGAGUAAAUGUCGGUUCGCAUGGCUCUUCUUGUUUAAUGUUGUUGAGAAUGUGCUCUGUACACCAGCUCUGUUGAACAGGACUCUCCCCCUUUAGUUGUCUGAGCAUUUAUUUGCCUGCGUAUUUGUUCCUGGUAAUAAACAACGAUUUCUCCUAGAAGCAGUGGAAACAUGCAUGGGCUGUUCACUAGAUUUCAAAUCCACGUGGGGGAUGAACUUUUUGCAAAUUCUUUUUCUUUUUCUUUUUUUUUUUCCUUUGAUGAGAACAUGUAUAUUGUACAAAAUAUAUAUAUAUAUAUGAAAUAUAAAUUAUACAUGGUGUGAGAAGCAGGGAUGUGGUGGAGUAUAACAACAAAGAGGAAUGUUACACUCGUGCUACAGUUUCUGUCGUUCCAUGACAUGCUUUUGUGGACAGCUAAUAAACGACCACAGUUUAAACCGUA